AAUAAAUACUUGACAUAGCCUCACUCUCCACAUUUUCCUCAAACAACUAGCAAAGUGUCUGUGCUCUUGUGGAAAGCUCACAUGAGGGUACAAGUAAUUAGAUUGGUUUGUGCUCUCCUUUUGGCAACACUGGUGAGCUCAGAGGCAACUGAGAGAAAAGCCAAAAUUGUUGACACUUCCUUUGAGUACAAUGCCUUAAAUUGCAGGGCUCAUAGUGCUUCAUUGACUGAUUUUGGUGGUGUUGGAGAUGGAAAUACAUCAAACACAAAGGCCUUUCAGUCUGCAAUCAGUUAUCUGAGUCAGUAUGCUUCUAAAGGGGGAGCUCAGCUGUAUGUUCCUGCUGGAAAAUGGCUUACAGGGAGUUUUAGUAUGACCAGUCAUUUCACUUUGUAUCUAAACAAAGAUGCUGUUCUCCUUGCUUCUCAGGAUAUGAAUGAGUGGCCUGUGAUCAAGCCACUCCCAUCAUACGGUAGAGGAAGAGACGCACCAGCGGGAAGAUACACCAGCUUCAUAUUUGGAACAAACCUCACUGAUGUUAUUGUCACAGGGGACAAUGGCACCAUAGAUGGUCAAGGAGCAUUUUGGUGGCAGCAAUUUUACAACAAAAGGUUGAACUAUACUCGACCCUACCUGAUUGAAUUAAUGUUCUCAGACAAGAUUCAAAUCUCCAAUCUAACGUUCCUGAAUUCUCCAUCAUGGAAUGUUCAUCCUGUUUAUAGCAGCAAUAUUAUUAUUAAGGGCCUCACCAUCAUCGCUCCUGUCCCAUCUCCAAACACAGAUGGCAUUAAUCCAGAUUCUUGCACAAAUACCAGAAUUGAAGACUGCUACAUAGUUUCUGGGGAUGACUGUGUGGCAGUGAAAAGUGGGUGGGAUGAGUUUGGCAUAAAGUUUGGAUGGCCCACAAAACAACUAGUAAUCAGAAGGCUGACAUGCAUUUCUCCACAAAGUGCAGCCAUUGCCUUAGGGAGUGAAAUGUCAGGUGGAAUUCAAGAUGUUAGAGCUGAGGACAUUACAGCCAUCCACACAGAAUCAGGUGUCAGAAUCAAGACAUCAAUAGGGAGAGGAGGGUAUGUGAAGGACAUAUAUGUUAGAAGAAUGACCAUGCAUACCAUGAAAUGGGCAUUUUGGAUGACUGGUAACUAUGGUUCCUAUGCUAAUAACAGCCACUAUGAUCCUAAAGCCUUGCCUGAGAUCAAAGGCAUUAACUAUAGAGAUGUGGUGGCUGAUAAUGUGACCAUGGCUGCUACCUUGGAAGGAAUCUCCAAUAGCCCUUUUACUGGAAUCUGCAUUGCUAAUGUGACAAUUAGCAUGGCAGACAAAGCCAAUGAAAAGCCAUGGACAUGCACUGAUAUUGAAGGGAUCACAAGUGGGGUGACUCCUAAGCCAUGCAAUUCUUUACUUGAUAAGGGGCCGGAGAAAAUCAAAACAUGUGAUUUUCCCCCAGAGAUUCUACCAAUUGAUUUGUUAGAGCUUAAGAAGUGUACUUAUAACAUUAAGCAUGCAUGACUCUUAUUAUGUUAAGAUGUGUCAUAUAUUUGUUUGUUUAA